AUGAACGUUAUUUUCAAUUGUUUAAAUCAUUCUGAAGGAUAUUGUAAUACUUUUGGAAAUUGUGGUAAAAAGUCAGUAUUUGGUAAACAACUUCCAUGUUCAAAUUUCGUUAAAUCUGUAAAACCAACUCAAGAAUCUCAAGAUAAAUUACAACAAAUAUGUGGGAAAACAUUUGAUUUUGUAUGUUGUUCACCAGAACAAAUUGAUGAAUUAGAAUCAAAUUUAAAACGAGUAGAUCCAAUUUUAUCGUCUUGUCCAGCAUGUCAUAAAAAUUUUUAUGAUUUCUUUUGUGAAUUUAGUUGUUCACCAAAUGAAUCUCAAUUUGUUGAAAUUGUUAAAACUGAAAAUGCAAAAGAUACAGGUAAAGAAAUUGUAACAGAAAUAAAUCAAUAUGUAUCUCCUAAAUUAGCUAAAAAGUUUUACGAUUCAUGUAAAAAUGUUAAAUUUCUGGCUACAAAUGGAUUUGCAAUGGAUUUAAUUGGAGGUGGAGCUAAAAAUUAUUCACAAUUUUUGAAAUUUUUAGGUGAUGAAAAACCAUUAUUGGGUGGAUCACCUUAUCAAAUCAAUUUUAAAUAUGAAAUAUCAUCAGAUGAAUCAGAGUUGAAAUUAAGAGAUGAUAUAAUGUAUGAUUGUAAUGAUGAAAAAUAUAAAUGUUCAUGUACAGAUUGUGAAUCUUCAUGUCCUAAAUUACCAAAUAUUAGGAACUUGAAUAAAAAAUGUAAAAUUGGAAUAUUGCCUUGUUUUUCAUUUUCUGUCUUGAUUGUAUUGAUAGUAUUAAUUGCCUUAUUAGGUGGAUAUCAUGUUUAUUUGGCAAAGAUUAGAAGAGAAAGACGUACUUCAUGUCAUGAUGACGAUGAUGAUUUAGAUGAAAUGAUAAGUCCAUCUUAUUAUGUUACACUUAAACAGCCGAUAAUUCAUUCAUUUUCUGAAAAUUUGAAUUCACAAAUUGAAAAAAUGUUUGAAAACAUAGGAAAAUUUUGUUCUACAUAUCCUGGUAUUUCAAUUGGAAGUAGUUUAUUAAUUGCAAUAUUAUUAUCUUUGGGUAUGUUCAAUCUAAAUUUAGAAACAGAUCCUAUCAAUUUAUGGGUAAGUCCAAAAGAACCAGCUUAUUUAAAUCAAAAAUACUUUGAAUCUGAAUUUGGAGAAUGGUUUAGAAUUGAACAGGUAAUCGUAAGCACUAAAAAUCAAGAACCUAUUUUUAAUUGGAGAACAAUCAAAUGGUGGUUUGAAGAAGAACAAAAAAUUAAUAAUGAAGAAUUAUCUGAAAUUUGUUUCAAACCAUUAGAAGAGACAUGUGCAAUUGAAUCUUUUACUCAAUAUUUUCAUGGUGAUUUGAAUGAAUUGAAUGAACAAAAUUGGGAAAGUAAAUUACAAAGCUGUUCUGAUUCUCCAAUCAAUUGUUUACCAACGUUUCAACAACCUUUGAAACCGACAUUGUUAUUUGACAAUAAUGAUAUACGGGAAGCAACAGCAUUUACAGUCACAGUUUUGGUAAACAAUAAUAAGCACAAUAAUCUGUUGGCUAUAGAUUAUGAACAUAAGUUUCAAAAAUGGGCAAAACAUCUUCAAGAGAAUGAAUUAGGAUUAACUGUUGCAUUUAGUACUGAAGUUUCAUUAACUGAAGAACUUAAUCAAUCUUCUAAUACUGACGUUAGAAUUGUUGUUAUUUCUUACAUAGUAAUGUUCAUUUAUGCUUCAUUAGCACUUGGUGGUAAAUUACCAAAUAGAUCAAUACAAUCAUUAGUGAAAACUAGAUUUACUUUAGGAUUAAGUGGUAUUAUUAUAAUCUUAUUAUCAGUAACUUCAUCAGUUGGAUUUUUUUCUAUCAUUGGACUCAAAUCAACUUUGAUUAUCGCAGAGGUUAUUCCUUUCCUCAUUUUAGCUAUUGGUAUUGAUAAUAUUUUUUUAAUUGUACAUGAAUUACAUAAAAUCACAGAAACUGAACCAAAACUAGAUUUAAAAAUUCGAAUAUCAAGGUCUUUAAAAACUAUAGGUCCAUCAUGUUUGAUAAGUGCUGUUUUACAAGUAUCUAUGUUUUUAUUGGCAUCAACUGUUGAUAUGCCAGCAGUUAAGAAUUUUGCAAUUUAUAGUGCAGGCGCUAUAAUAGUUAAUUUUGUUUUACAAAUGACUUGUUUUAUUGGGUUAUUGACUUUAGAUCAAAAAAGAAUUGAAGAUGGUAGAGUUGAUUGUGCACCAUGGAUGAGGAUUGCUCCAAUUAGAUUGGAAGAAGAUUUGGAUACUGAUAAUAAACAUUUGGAAUAUAAUUUUUCAUCUUACAUUAAGAAUAAAUAUGCUCCAUGGCUUUUGGGUAAAACUGUUAGACCUAAAGUAUUGACUAUUUUCAUAUUAUGGGCAGGUAUAUCAUUAAGUUUAUUUCCAAACAUUCAAUUUGGAUUAGAUCAAAGAUUAGCAAUGCCAAAAAAUUCAUAUUUAAUCAAUUAUUUUGACUCGGUAUAUGAUUAUUUCAAUACUGGCCCACCUGUAUUCUUUGUUGUUAAAGAUUUAGAUGUUAAAGAAAGAGCAAAUCAACAAGAAUUAUGUGGUAGAUUUUCAACUUGUGAGAAAUAUUCAUUAGCUAAUAUAUUAGAACAGGAAUUUAAAAGAUCAAAAAAAUCAAUGAUUGCUGAACCAACAAGUAAUUGGUUAGAUGAUUUUUUAACUUGGUUGAAUCCUGAUUUAGAUCAAUGUUGUAGAUUUAAAAAAUCAAGUUUGGUCUUUGACAAUAACAACAAUGAACCAGAAUUUUGUCCACCAUACGCUCCUGAUCGUCAAUGUCAAUCAUGUUAUGAUAAACAUGACCCACCAUAUAAUCCAGAUAUGAAAGGAUUUCCUCAAGGUGAAGAAUUUAUGUUUUACUUUAAUCAAUGGAUACAAGAACCUAGUGAUCCAUGUCCAUUAGGUGGUAAAGCACCAUAUUCAAAUAGUAUAUCAAGAAAUUCAACAAAUAUAAAAUCAAGUUAUUUUAGAACAUCACAUACUCCAUUAAGAUCUCAAGAUGAAUUUAUAUCAGCUUAUAAAAAUUCAAUUAGAAUAGUUGAAGAAAUUAAAAAUUAUACCGGUCUUGAUUUAUUUAGUUGGUCACCAUUUUAUAUCUUUUUUGUACAAUAUUUAAAUAUCAUUAGUUUAACAUUCACUUUAAUUAUUGGUGCAUUAUUAUUAAUUUGGAUUGUUUGUUCAUUAUUAUUAGGUUCAAUAAGAGCAUCAACUUUAAUGAUUAUUACUAUUAUUUCAAUAAUGAUAAAUAUUGGUGGUGUUUUAGCUAUUUGGGGAAUAUCAUUAAAUGCAAUAACAUUAGUAAAUUUAAUAAUAUGUUGUGGAUUAGCGGUAGAAUUCACAAUACAUUUAACAAGAGCUUAUGUUAUAGAGACUUUUUCAACAGAAGAUAUUCAAAGACAAGGAAUUGUAAAUAAAAAUCAUCAAAAAGCUUUUAAUUCAUUAGUUAAAGUUGGUGGUUCAAUAUUAGGUGGUAUUACAUUAACUAAAUUUAUUGGUAUUUCAAUUUUAGCAUUUACAAGAUCAACAAUUUUUGAAGUAUAUUAUUUUAGAAUGUGGUUUUCAUUAAUUAUUGUUGCUGUAUUACAUUCCUUGGUUUUGUUGCCAGUUUUAUUAAGUUUUUGA